UUUUCACACCAAAAACUCAACCAAGCAUGAAAAGUUACACAUCAACAGUAAGUUAGACAUUUCUGUUCUUGCUUUGUCAUCUUCAUGCGCUUCUUAAAAAGACAUCAAGACUCCAUGUAGAGGACACACUGCACUUGCACAUACGAUGACGGGUGCUUUAAAACAACUGGGGAGAAGUCCUGUGCUCGUUGCAGCCAUUUUCAUAUCGGGAAUAGGAGGGACCUUCCAGUAUGGCUUCAAUAUCUCCGUCCUGAACUCGCCAUCACUUUUUAUUAAAGAGCUGGUGAACAGCACCUGCCAGCAGCGUUAUGGCCACUCUCUUGAGCCCUGGGAGCUGUCGCUCAUCUGGUCCUUCAUUGUGUCCAUAUACUGCAUCGGGGGACUGGCUGGAACCCUGUAUGCUGGACAUCUGGCAGGCAUGUAUGGAAGGAAGACAACUCUGCUUUUGAACAAUGUGGUGGCAAUCUGUGGAGCUGUCCUGAUGUUGUUGAGUAAAACCGCCCUCUCGUUUGAGAUGAUCAUGGUGGCACGUGUCCUAUACGGCCUCAAUGCCGGUGUGAGUUUGACUGUCCACACCAUGUAUAUAUUGGAGUGCGCCCCCAAGAGGCUGCGUGGGAUGAUUGGUGUGUCUGUGGCCUCUUUUGUCUCAUUGGGGAAGUUCUUCGGUCAGCUGCUUGGGAUUAGCGAGGUGUUAGGCACUGAGGAGCGCUGGAUCUGGCUGCUGGCCUUCAGUGGGGUGGCUGGUCUCCUGCAGCUGCUAACUCUGCCCUUUCUCCCCGAGUCCCCGCGGUACCUCCUGCUAGAAAAGGCAGACAAACACGGCUGUGAGAUGGCUCUACGUAGGCUUUGGGGUGCUAAAAAGGACCCUGGACCAGAGAUGGAGGAGAUGUUGGCUGAACACGCCACCCUGAAGGGAGUGAAAAUCCAGGGGCUCAUGGACCUCUUCCUCGACCACAACGUCCGCUGGCAGCUCCUCACCAUCCUCGUCACGUUCGUCACUCUGCAGCUCUGCGGCAUCAAUGCUGUCUAUCUCUAUUCGUUUGAUGUGUUUCAAGCUGCUGGUAUUGCCAAGGAGGACCUGCGGUAUGCCGCCCUGGGGACAGGCCUGUGUGAAGUCUCCACCUCCAUUGCUUGUGUGCUGAUUAUUGAGAGUACAGGGAAGAGAGUGCUUCUCUUUAGGGGUUACCUGUGCAUGGCGGCCUCGCUUGCCCUGCUUACAGUCACACUUUACCUUCAGGACUUUGUAUCCUGGAUGCCAUAUUGCAGCAUGGUCCUUAUUUUCAGCUACAUUUUCUUCUUCUCUAGUGGGCCAGCCGGUGUGACAGCACCACUUCCUGGUGAGAUUUUCACACAGUCUUAUAAACCUCCAGCGUUCAUGGUGGCUUGCAUCCUCAACUGGGUCGGACUCUUCCUAGUGGGCAUGUUGUUUCCUCUUAUAGUGGAGCAUUUGGAUUAUUUCUGCUUCCUCAUAUUUUUUGUGUUCUGCUUCCUCUCUGGUGUUUUUGUGUGGUUCCACGUGCCUGAGACAAAGAAUAAAACUGUUCUUGAGAUCACAGAAGACUUUAAGAGAAUGCACCAGAAACGCAGACACUCACUACAGUCCAAACUGAGCUCAAUACACAUCAACGAUAUCCAGACCACCAUAUCUACCAAGCUUUAGCGCCAGAAUCAGUCAUGUAGUCAGAUCAAAAGGUGACCAAUAAAAAGUUAUUUCACACCCAAUAUUCAUUCUUUGUUUUGAUGGC